AAAAGAAAGCAAACCUGGAGGCCGCCGUCCCUCCAACCAAAUCCCUCCCUCUCACCCAUUCUCCACGAGUACGCCCAGCAUGUAGUACGCGCCGAUAAAGAAGGCACAAUUUUGCGCGCACACACAGCCGAUCGCGGAGGGACGGAAGAGACGCGCCGGCAAGCCCGUAGCAUCCAUCGAUAGUCACGCGACGACGACGGCCAAGCCAGCGGUGCCGCACGGAGGGAAACCAGGCCGCGCAGCUGUGGCGGCAGCGACGCGCAUUGCGACAGGGCGGCGCAUUUUUUUCGCGUCCGCCCGUGCGUAGAGAGCUGCUCCGGCGUCAGGGACGACGGGACCCCGCAGCAGCAUGGCAGCGCCGCACGUGCUCGACUACGUGCUCUACGCGUUCCUGAUGGCGCUGGGCGUGGCGCAGGGCCUGUACGUCUCGUGCCGCAAGCGCCGCGGCCACGACGUGAGCCGCGAGGCGUUCCUGGGCGACCGCAGCCUGGGCGUGCUGCCGCUGGCCGUGUCGGUGCUCGUCUCGACCGCCUCGCCGCUGGGGCUGGUGGCCCUGACGGCGCACUUCUACGCCUACGGUCUGCACCUCGCCUGGAACGUGCUGAUCACCGUGUCUGCGGUGCCGCUGGUCGUGUACUGCGUCGUGCCCGUCUUCUACAGGCUCGGCGUCACCUCCAUUUUCGAGUACAUUCGCAUGAGAUACAACGCUUUCAUUUCGUUGACGGCGUGUGUGAUCUACCUGAUUCUAACGCAAAGUGUUGGCGCCGCCCUCAUCUUCUCAGCCGCACUCACGUCGCACACGAUAUUCGGCAUACCGGUCACAACAGCCAGCAUCAUGUUCGGCCUAAUGGGCACCUACUACGCUGCUAUUGCGGGACUCCGGGGUGUCGUGUGGACAGACUGCUUGCAGGCGCUGAUCACCCUGCUGGCGCCGCUGGUGGUCAUCGGCAAAGUGAUCUACGACUCGACCGUCGGUACGCUAACCUUGCGUCCCUUGGACGACAUCGAGGUCGACAAAUACAUACUCGACGUCAGUAUGGACCUGACCAAGGAAGAAAACGUGUGGUCUUGCCUGGUGGGAGGCUUGGCAUCUUUCCUCUACCGUCUGGGAUUUGACCAAAUGGUUCUGCAAAGGUACCUAGCAUCGAGGAACCUCAGCGCUGCCCAGAGGACUGCCAUAGUUGGAGUGUGUUUUUCUGGGUUGUACUACCUUGUGCUAAUGGCAGGAGCGGCUGCCCUGAUAUAUCGGUUUCGAGACUGCGAUCCGGUGCUGUCAAAAUCGACUUCGACCCUGGACCAGGUCCUCCCGUUCUACGUCAAGAAAGAGCUGGCGCCUGUGCUGGGCUUUUCAGGCAUCUUUCUCGCCGGAGUCGUGAGCUCCUCAACAAGUGCUGUUUCCUCCAUCAUCAACUCGCAAGCUGCCGUUUUGUACGUGGACGUGGUUGCUCAGUACUUUCCAGUAAAUGAAACGUGGGCUUCCAGGAUUACGAAAGCACUUGCCUUUGCAUCAGGCAUAAUUAUGACUGCUUACAGCCUGGCGGUUCCUUUCGUUGGCUCUACGAUGCGAAUCUUCAUAUUGAUCAACAGUGCCGUGACCGGCCCCUUCGUCGGGCUCCUUGUGCUCGCCAUUCUGUUCCCUUUCGCAAACUCCAAGGGAGCUGGAGCUGCGGCAUGUCUGACCAUCGCCUUCCAGUUGUGGCACAUGAUCGGUAGAAUGUACAGCGGCAUUCUUCCUCUUCGCAUGCCGGUGACGCUGGACUAUUGUCCCGACAAUAUGACUGAUAUUGAUGUCAUAGACUAUCCGACAAAUACGACGGACUCUCCAGGGUCGGAAGACGUUUUCAUGCUCUACCGUCUUUCAUCCUUUUGGAGCAGUUUCUUCAGCGUCAUCGUCACCAUCGCUGUAGGAGUUCUUAUCAGCCUGCUCACAGGUGGACAGAAAACUGCCGCUAUGCACGACCACUUGGUCGACAGCACAAUCCGUACUGCGUGGAGAAAAACAACACGCCGCCGUGGCAGCCAGAGCAACGAGCAGACACCCAGUGCACCGGAGUCCACGAAAAGAUCUUCCAUUCCGGAAGAUGCUUCCAAGUUCGUUAUCGACAGGGAAGAACUCGAGAGAUUAACGAAAGAAACGCAGGUGUGAACAAGCUCACGCUAUUUCAUUGUGAUCAACACGGACGUCAUAAUAAAUUUGAACACGCCUUGGUAUCAGGCCCAUUA